UCUUUUUUUUUUCUCCUCCAAAGAUGCCGCCUAACAUCACGUAAUGUUACCCUACACUUAGCUCACAUUAGUAAAUCUAACAUCAACUUUAAUAAUAAUCUUACAAUCACGCCCAUUUAAACAAUCCUAAUUUUUCAAAGUCUUUCACGAUGUAUAUUUAACAAACACACACUCAUGUAUAACUGUUGUGCGCGUGUGUGUCUACAAACGAAAUAAAAGUUGCGCUUCAUAGAAGUCGCAUGUCGCCUACUUGAUGAAUGUUAGAGCACAUUCGUAUUGGUAUUGAAAUGUUCAAUGUAAAUAAGAUCUAAAUUUCCUAUGUAUACAUAAAAUUUUCAACAAGAAGAUAGGUAAAGUGAUAUGUACACUUAAAUGUCUUUGUGUUUAAUAUCAUGCACGGAAAUUAUGGAAUAAUAUGUUUCUGACAAGCUUGAUGACACCAGCUAAACGAAACCAUUUUUUCUGGUCAACAAGAAAACAACCAAGAUUCAUACUAUAUAGCUAAUAGCUCGUGAGAAUUUUAUUGUAACGUCAUGUCAUUUCGGUAAUGAAAACCUGACGAAGGGAUUCAAACAUCAAAGCCAACCGUUUGUUUUGUUAAAUCUGUUGAAGCCUAUGGAUAUACUCAUACCAUUUUUUUUUCAUGUCUCUGUUUUAAGAGAAAGUGAAGACCGUUUCCUCGAGACAAGCAGAUUCUCACUUCUCGAGACUAUCAGUUCAAAACAACCUUCCCUCUCUCCUCUUUUUUUUUUCUGAACAAACUCUCUCUCCUCGUCCAAAGGAACAAAAUAAAAAUAAAAAAAUACAAAAGCCAAGAAAAGCCACAAUUACAAAAGCAAAACCACACUCUAAAAAGCCACUCACAGACACUGGUGAGUAAACAGAGAAGAGGAAGAAGAACCAGUCAUGUCCCACUCAACAACUAUCUUCUUCUCUCACCUUUAAGCCUUUAACUAAGAGUAAACCCUAAAUCCUAAAAAUCUCCAAAACCCUAAAGUCAGUUUUGUUGUUUUACAAUGAUGCUUCAAAGAAGCUGCAUUGUACUCUUCUUCUCUCUUUCUCUGUUCGUUCCAUACAUGAGUUUAGCCAUGCUCAACAAAACUCUUCUUCUCUUACCGCAUCCCGACCCAGAACUAGUCGCUCAUGAUGUUCAUAGGAGAGUCAAUGCCUCUCUGUCGAGACGUCAAGCUAUGGACACGACGGACCAAACCGGUUCAAACCCGUGCUUCACUGGAAAUCCAAUCGACGACUGUUGGAAAUGCGACCCGAACUGGCCCAAUAACCGACAAGGGCUAGCUGAUUGCGGAAUCGGGUUCGGACAGUACGCAUUGGGAGGCAAAGGCGGUCGGUUUUACUUCGUCACUGAUUCUUCCGACGACGAUGCUGUCGAGCCUAAACCGGGCACUCUCAGAUACGGAGUGAUACAAGUAGAGCCAUUGUGGAUAGUGUUCCCAAGCAACAUGAUGAUAAAAUUAAAGCAAGAGUUAAUAUUCAAUAGUUACAAGACUCUUGAUGGAAGAGGGGCUAAUGUUCAUAUUGUUGGUGGUGGCUGCAUCACUCUUCAAUAUGUCUCCAAUGUUAUCAUUCACAACAUUCAUAUCCACCAUUGCUACCAGUCCGGUAAUACUAACGUGCGGUCAAGUCCAACGCAUUAUGGAUUCAGAACUAAAUCGGACGGUGAUGGUAUCUCCAUCUUCGGAUCAAAGGACAUAUGGAUCGACCAUUGUUCUCUCUCAAGAUGUAAAGAUGGUCUGAUAGAUGCUGUGAUGGGAUCUACCGGGAUUACAAUAUCGAACAACUUCUUCUCACACCACAAUGAAGUCAUGCUGCUUGGUCACAGCGACCACUACGAGCCAGACAGUGGCAUGCAGGUAACCAUUGCUUUCAAUCACUUUGGAGAGAAAUUGAUUCAAAGGAUGCCAAGGUGUAGACGUGGAUACAUUCAUGUGGUUAACAAUGAUUUUACUCAAUGGGAAAUGUAUGCGAUUGGCGGUAGCGGUAACCCGACAAUUAAUAGUCAGGGUAACCGCUUUACCGCCCCAUCCAACCCGUUUGCCAAAGAGGUGACUAAAAGAGUUGAAACGCCGGACGGUGAGUGGAAAGGGUGGAACUGGCGAUCUGAGGGAGAUAUUUUGGUUAAUGGAGCCUUCUUCGUGGCGUCUGGAGAAGGUGCAGAAAUGAGGUACGAGAAGGCGUAUAGCAUCGAGCCUAAAUCGGCCUCGUUCAUCGACCAAAUCACAUUUCAUUCAGGCGUUCUUGGAGUUGGCGGCAGGAACAACAAUCUGGGGAUGUGGACUACUACUGGAUCCGAAGGCAAUGGCGGUUUAGAUUCUUAUAAUGACUAUACGGAUGAAAUGUCUGGCACCGGUUCAACUAACCGGUUAUCUUUUUCGGUUAUAGUUUUAGCUUUCAUGCUCAAUUUGUUAUCAUAUUUGGUCAUUUUCAUUUCUUCACCCCAAAUGUUUUCUUUCCAACCCAAAUGUUUAUGAUGGUGUAACAUGAAUUUACUUAUUUAAUCAAGGAACAAGAAAAAGAUCGUUUCCAAAACACAUUCUUGUUUUAUUUGACCUCAUAGCUCUUUUUAAUGGAAUUAGUUAUUUUUUACGUAAAUACCACGUGUGUCAGUGUGUCCCGUCAUAUUUUGCAUACAUGUAAACCCUGACUUUGUAGUAUUCCUGUGAAAAUACAUCCUAUAUUUAUUUACAUAACUAACAAGAUUUAUUUACUAUCUUCUUCCUUUUGUGUGUUUCAUAAUUUUAUACAAGAGGGCGUUUCAUACAUGCAUCUACACUUCAUAUUGUAAUUUGCUAUAGUGAACAUUUUUUACCUUUUUUCCCUAAAUAAUUAUAAUUGUUAACAUUUAUAGCAAAUCAUUCGGCACAGAAGUACAAUAAAUAACUAAUUUAGUUCAGAUUAAAGAUAGAGCUCAUAAAGAUAUCAACCAAGAAUGUUGACCAAAAAGAACUAGUAGUUUUUCAUCCAUUCUUCUCGUGUGUUUGCUGAUGUGUAUAACAUGUCCUGAUCACACACAUCAGGGCUAUAUUUAUUUUAUUUAUAUAUUUAUUUUAUUUAUUUAUUCAUUUAGUUUGUUAUGAUGGGAAUGUGUAUUACCUUCUUUGUUUUUGUUAUUUAGUGAAAAUUGUAUCCUGUGAAUACUAACAAUAUUAGAUUCGACUUUGACAUAAUUUACUGAGUACAGUAGAUUCUAUGAUUAAUUUGAACUUUCAAGUUACCAUUCAAAUUUCAUUUUGAAGAAUGAUUAAAUUGAGUUCAAUUGUACCCAACUGACGCGUCGCAAGGUUGGACAUUAUGUUCACUAUAGUUUUAUAGAAUUCAAUCAUAUGACACGUCAUGACAAGAGAUGUAACAAUUGUAAGUUGUAACUUUAGAAGACGUUUCAUCAUAUAUUCAAGAAACAAACUAUUAAACUAUGACCAUAGAGAGCAUGAGAACUCUUCGAAGUCCAAAAUCUCUUGAAACCACCAAGAACCAACGUUGAUAUUAAUAUUGUUGUCAGUACUACUGCUGCUAUGGUCUUCAAAGAUAUUUGCGUCACUUUUGGAUAUCCAAUCUAUAAUUCGGUUUUCAUAUGGUGAAUUCAUAACACCGAAGCGCUCUGUUUCGCAAAUAACACCAUUGGUUUCUUUAUCACUCUCCAUGUUUUUCUGCUUAUAUUCCUUCACAGUUUCAUCAAAGCCAUGUUCUCGAGUCUUCGUCCUUGUCCACAUGAUCUCAGUUUCCUUAUACUUGUGCAACAAUUCUUCACCUUUAUUUCCUCUCCAGUCAAUGAUCUUAUCUGCAAGAAAACACAUCACUAAUGCUGAUCUAAAUUUAACAUAUAUAUAUUCAACGAUGAAAGAUUGAUAUAAGUGUGUGUGUAUAUAUAUAUAUCUACCAUAGUUUUGAGCUUCCACUUUCUUUCUUAAAUGAGUCCUCCAGUAGUUCUUAAUCUGGUUAUCAGUCCUACCGGGUAAUCUUCUUGCAAUCUUUGACCACCUAUUGAUAUACAAUAUUUAGUCCAAACUGAAAAUACAAUCGUUGAAGUAAAAUCUUCAAGCUUUAUGUGUGUUUUGUUGUCUCUUACUUGUUGCCCCAGAGAGCAUGGAGCUGAAAGAUGAUAAUUUCUUCUUCUUGGCUCAUUGGUCCACACUUCAGACUCGGAUUCAGAUAGUUAAUCCACCUUAGCCUGCAACUCUUACCACUCCUCUUCAAGCCUAAAUAUGAUCAAAACAAACAAACAAAUUAAACAUAUGCUUAGUAUAUAUGGAAACUUUCUAUUUUGGGAAAGCAACACAAGAAAUGUUUCAAAGUGUACCGGAAACUCUAGCUAAAGAAUCCCAACGACGUUCUCCCAAAAGGGUAACGAACUUUACUAGCCGUUCAUCUUCUUCUUCGAGCCAUGGGCCUCUACGGAGUGCUUCUUCCUUCUUACAAUCCAUUUUCUUUAUUUUUGGGUUACUUAACUAUAUUUUUUCUAAACUGUAAUUUGAAUUGGAAGCGUACUUUGUCUAUGCUUAAAUAGUAAAGUCACGAGUUUGCCUAAAUUGGGAAAUGUCCAAUGCAAGCUGACGAACACAAAUAGUUUAGUGCAUGGCCGGCUCAAUAAUAUCAUGGAGUUUAAAAAAAAAUAAUUAGAAUCUUUAAACUAAUAUUUAUUUAAAAUUUAUGAGAAAGAUAAAAAUAUUUUCAUGUAUUAUUUUAGUCCUUUCUUUAUACUUUUCUAAAACUAUAAAUAUUUCAAAAAAUUAUUUGAAUUAAUCUUUAACUAUUAAGAAGUAGGGGGCAUAUAUAUGAUUGGAGCUUGGGUGAUCACACCACUUUCCCUCUAUUUAAGCCGGCUCUGGUUUAGUUGAUAAUAACAUCAUGCAUCAGUUAGGUUCUUGUUUUUUUUUUCCUUCUUGAUCAUCUUUAAGUUAUAGAUUAAUUUGGAUUAGGUUCUAAAUAUCUCUUCGUUUUAAAAAAUCAUCAUCAAGUUGUGAUUUUUCUUUAACCUUUUUCAGGGUUUAUGGCUUACGCCAUCUUAAAACUUCAAUUAGUUUAUUCAAGAAUCCAACAGGAAAUUCAGUUUAUUAGGGGUUUAAAAACGAAGAUGAAGUAUUUUAAGCGGUUCAGAUAAGAAGGAUAAAACAAGAUCUUUAUGUAUCUUCUCUCCACCCAUUUCAUAAGUGUAAGCCAACGAAGCAUUCUUUCGUUUGAUUAACUAAACACUAAACUAAAAUCGACGCAUAAUAUGGCGGCCAAAGAUAAAGAUCUAGGAGUGCACACUAAGUACCAAAAAUCUAACCGAUGUGUUAGAACAUCUCUGGUAGUUGACUUCAUUUUUAUCUUUAAAAAUUUAGUUCCAAAGAAGAAACAGAUCCAGAAUGUGAAGCUUUGUCAUAGAAAAAAAAAGUUGAAUCACAA